AUGAAGAGUUUCAAUUUCUUGAUUGCUAUACUAGUUGUUUUUGGAGUGUUAGGAGUCUGCAAUGGGGGUGCGCUGAGAAAGAAUUUCUACAAAAGUAGUUGUCCCCAAGCCGAGCAGAUUGUUCAAAACAUUACAUGGAAACAUGUUGCUAGCAAUUCAACAUUGCCUGCUAAGUUUCUGAGGAUGCAUUUCCAUGACUGUUUUGUUAGGGGAUGUGAUGCCUCUGUAUUGGUUAACUCCACAGCAAAUAACACAGCUGAGAAGGAUGCAAUUCCAAACCUAACACUGGCAGGCUUCGACGUUAUUGAUGAAAUAAAGACCCAACUUGAGAAUACUUGUCCUGGAGUAGUAUCCUGUGCAGAUAUUGUCGCUUUAGCUGCUAGAGACUCGGUUUCUUUUCAAUUCAAUAAAUCUAUGUGGCAAGUGCUAACUGGUAGAAGAGAUGGAAGUAUUUCACUCGCUUCAGAAGCUCUGGCCAACCUACCAUCUCCAUUUUCCAACUUCACCACUCUCAAACAAGAUUUCGCCAACAAAAAACUCACUGUUCAAGAUCUCGUGGUCAGGAGUAAUGGAGAUUCUCCAAAAACUACGUGGCCAAUGGAUGACCGCCGCCAACGAGCCAUGUCCGCCAAGCUAACUGGUGCACACACUAUUGGUGUUGGACAUUGCAACUUAUUCAGCAACAGGCUAUACAAUUUCACUGGAAAAGGCGACGUCGAUCCUUCCCUGAACUCUACCUAUGCGGCUACCUUGAGAACGAAAUGCCAGAGCCUCUCGGACAAGACGACCACGGGAUGUGAUGCCUCUGUAUUGGUUAACUCCACAGCAAAUAACACAGCUGAGAAGGAUGCAAUUCCAAACCUAACACUGGCAGGCUUCGACGUUAUUGAUGAAAUAAAGACCCAACUUGAGAAUACUUGUCCUGGAGUAGUAUCCUGUGCAGAUAUUGUCGCUUUAGCUGCUAGAGACUCGGUUUCUUUUCAAUUCAAUAAAUCUAUGUGGCAAGUGCUAACUGGUAGAAGAGAUGGAAGUAUUUCACUCGCUUCAGAAGCUCUGGCCAACCUACCAUCUCCAUUUUCCAACUUCACCACUCUCAAACAAGAUUUCGCCAACAAAAAACUCACUGUUCAAGAUCUCGUGGUCAGGAGUAAUGGAGAUUCUCCAAAAACUACGUGGCCAAUGGAUGACCGCCGCCAACGAGCCAUGUCCGCCAAGCUAACUGGUGCACACACUAUUGGUGUUGGACAUUGCAACUUAUUCAGCAACAGGCUAUACAAUUUCACUGGAAAAGGCGACGUCGAUCCUUCCCUGAACUCUACCUAUGCGGCUACCUUGAGAACGAAAUGCCAGAGCCUCUCGGACAAGACGACCACGGUAGAUAUGGACCCCGGGAGCGCUCUAAUAUUCGACAACCAUUACUUCUCUAACUUGAAGAUUCACCAAGGCCUUUUCCAAUCUGAUGCUGCACUGUUGACUAACAAAGGUGCCACAAAUGUUGUUAAUGAAAUGUUAAGAUCUGGGCAAUUCUUCACUGAGUUUAGCCAAUCUAUUCAGAGAAUGGGUGCAAUUGGAGUGCUCACAGGAACUGCAGGAAAGAUAAGGAAGAUAUGUAGUGUGGUUUAA